AUGUUGAGAUAUCAGAAGGUUCCACUCCCAUUGAGGUUUCUGCGGCAUCAACACCAUCGAUUGGCUAGGGAGGAACAUGGUCGUAGCUCAAACUUGCUGUAUGACCUCCAUUACGAGGAGCAUUUUCCCGCAGAAGAACCGAAUCACUGGUUCUUGAACCAACGGCCUGUUGGGAACAUGAGUUUGAAUAGCAUUCCUCAACAAGCAAUUCGUGAAUUGAGAUCGUUUGACGAUUUCGGUGUACUGUCUGCUGAUGUCAUGCGUAGCAGUCCCGAACAAACCUUCUACAAUGCUACGACUUUCAUGGAUGAGCUCAUGAGUUAUGAAAUGCCAUCAGUCACUAGUGCCGAUGCUAUCCCUACUUCCGCGGAUCCCUCGGAGCUAGGUGGAUCAUCCGAAAGUAGCGAUAUGGAACAAUUGGAAGAAUUAAUAGAUCAAGGGUAUGACGUCUCAGCAGUGCUGCGUGACAUGUGUGCAGCGCCAGGAGAAACGUGUGCGGUUGCGUCUGAUAUGGCUGCAAAGCCAGUGAAGGAGAGAAAGCAAAAUGACAGCGGCACUCAGAGCGACUUGUUAUUACAAAGGGCCAUUGAUACUCGCUCAGCUCACCAUGAAGAUUCUGUACCAUCUUCUUCGGAGCACUCAAAGACCCAUCGUUUCGACCCUGAAAUUCACCGUGAAAUGAGAGCAUCACCCGCGGAGAUUAUAGACGCCGUUCAUAGUCAGGAUCUCGCACUUUUACGGUCCAUUUUGACGGAGAGAAAAUGGCCAGACCACCGCAGCAUUGGCGCUUAUUUGGAUCAACUCUUCGAGCUUGUUAUUCGUGAUAGUUACGACACCGAUGAAGCUGUGAUGUUUCUCCAGGAUUUUGCUGUGUGUAAUCGACGCGGAUUUCUCCAUGAUGUAAACGGUGUUCGACUGGCUUUGCGAGUUGCUCGUGAUAGUGGGUCUGUAGAAGCAGCUUCGGAAAUGUUACGAGUUUUUCGAAACAUGUUCCUAGUUAAAUCGCCCGUGCCCUCAAAAUCGGCUACCUCAUCAUCGGUUCUGGACGAGUUCUACUCAGCGUUGUGCUCUAUUGGGCCACCAGAUCAAGUGGAAGCAGUCCAUAAAUUGAUGAAUUCCUUAGGAUUUGACAAGAACUCUGAAAGUUUCCUUCGCUGCGUCACUAAAGCUCUGGUGGAGAAAGGUGAUGUUAGACGAGCUUUCGAUGAAUGGCAGCGGCUAUCCAUGCGAUACGGAACGACAGGUGGAUCAGAGUUGUUAUGGCAAGGAAUAUUCGAAGCAGUUGAUAAUCGUGCAGAACAAGCUCGGCUAGCUGGCAAAUUACUGAGGCACUGCUGCCAACAGGACCACCCUUUUGCUGUUAUUUCAAGUCUAGUCAUGGCGCUGGUUCACUUGAAACAUCUCGAUACUGCAAGGGCAGUGCUCAUAAAGGUAGCCGUUCCUGGGAGGUUUUUCAAGAAACCGCUCGCUUGCGUGACUCGAUGCGAGGAUUCUUUGGAAGUUAUCGAGAACUUUGCUGGUUUGGUUACUCAGUGCAUGUUUUCUGAAAAACGAAAAAUAAAGGAAGUGAAAGAAUCCAGUGGAAGUGCGUCUAUUUUGUCCCCCGAGUUGUCAUCAGUCUUGGAUUCUUUUUAUGGUAAAGGACGUCCAAAGCAACAGAGUUCGAAUCGCGAUGAUUCAAAGCGUAAACUGCAUCGCGUCAACGAUGAACAGCUUUUCGAACUGUCCCAAUUCGUGCAGUCACUGUGGUUAGAAAAAGCAGGUUAG